CAAUAUAAUCAUUUGUUUUACUAAGUUAACAAUGUGCUUAAAAAAAUAUUUAAUAAUAGAUAUAUCUCCUAUACGUUUGAUAACAACAUAAAUGGAUACUAUGUCUAAAAAGUUAAAAUUUGUGAUUAUUAUGUUUACGGGAAUGAUCUCAUUGUUGGUUAUUUAUGAUCACUUAAAUGUUAAUCAUUAUAUUUAUCAUUACAUUAAUAAGUCAAUACAUAAUUCAAUUGUUAUCAACAACGGCGUCGGCGACAAUAUUAACGAUAUGAAUGAAAAUGAUUUAUUAUUAAAUAACUUCAAUAACAUUAAUAAUAUUAAUAAUGAUAUCGAAAGUAAUAAUAAUAAUAUUGCAAAUAAUAAUAAUAAUGUUGAAAAUAUCAGUGGUGUUCAUCAAGUAGUGCACAGCAGUCGACAACACAUUAGUAAUAAUAAUAGCAAUAUUUUAGUUAAUUAUAAAAGUCAUAAUAACAAUGAAACUCAUAAUAUCUCACACUAUGAUAGUCAGUAUAAAGUUAUUAAAUCAGAAAUCCGUGAUUUUGAACAUAAAUACUUAGAGACGCCAAUAGUCCGCCGGUCGGCAAACUCGAGACUACUGUACGCRGAUGUUAUACGAGAGAUAACGGGUAUGACUGUCGGCAAUGAACGGUGCGAUCAAAACUAUGGUAACGAUACCCGAGUCGUGAUUAUUGUGAUAUCCCGGGUAAAUGGUUUUGAAACACGAAAUACUAUACGCGAGACGUGGGGUAAAAUAGCCGGUAAAUCUCGAGAUGACAGUAUAGUACUAGCGAUGCCCAGAGGCGUCAAAAUGUACUUUGCAUUGGGACAGACACUGGACAGAGAUGUCGAGCACCGGGUACUGGAAGAGCACCGGAAGUUUGGCGACAUUUUACAGUGGAAUUUCAUUGACAACUAUUACAAUCUGACUGUCAAAUCGUUGGGAAUCUUGCGCUGGAUUUCUAUCAACUGUUUUAAUGUCCGAUUUGUCUAUAAAGUGGACGACGACUGUAUUGUCAAUACUGAAAAUCUGGUCAAAUUCACUGAGACUAUGGACGGCAACACAAUUUACGGCCAGUUUUGGCAUAAGUCGUACGUCGAUAGGAACCUUAAGUCCAAGUUUUACAUCAGCCGAAAGGAUUUCAAAGGUAACGCCUAUCCCGACUAUACGGGCGGCCCGUGGCUUAUGGCCGGACAUCUAAUACCGAAACUCUACGAGAUAGCCAUUACGCGAUCGUUGCCGGCUCUGCCCUGGGAGGACGUGUUUGUGACCGGAGUGGUGGCCAGUAAGGCACGGGUGGCACGAAAACAGUUGAAGGGUUUGGUGUACUACGCGUGGCAACAGUUUAAUCAAUUGAAUUAUUGCUGGUUUCGCGAAAAUAUUAUUUUCUGGCAAAAUUUGGACAAAAAGAUGAUAAUAAAUGGCUGGAAAAAUAUAGUCAAUACUCGCGAUAUGAUAUGUAUUCAUAAAGGAUCCACUAUUUACCCAUUGAUUACUAAUUAAUAAUAUAAUAA